CAAGACGUAGGCGUAGUAUUAUUUGUUUUGAAAACAUACGCCAUGAGGUCGUAGUAUAGUAGAAAUUUUGUUUACAUACGGCAAGAAAUAAAACAAUAUUUUUACUAUUGUAAAUUUAUGCUAUUUAUCGACUUAUCUAGUGUGGAAAGGAUACAUUUAAGAGGCGUGAAAUAUAGCUUUAUCACCACCACACCGAAAAAUGACACAUGAAUAAGAAAUCUUUGAUUAUGGACUGGAUGGAUGUUACAGACCGGCAAACAAACUUUAAACGCUUACCGGAAAUGAAUUACACAGAUGCCAUUGAUGUUGUUAAGAAAGGUUGCGUGUGUGACUAUUUCAGUCCCUUAGCCUGUGCCAGGAAUGGAAUUUUAUCUUUCAUAUGUUCAAUACUUUGUCUUCUGUGUAUCGUAAAGGUCAUUCGACUGUGUCACUCGGGAAAGGUGUUUUGCCAUCAAGUAUUAAUAUUCACCUGUGCUGCAUUGGAGUGCAUUAUUAUUACUGUUCAUUGGGUAUAUAUCCAUUAUACUCAACUGGAAUUUGCAGCACAAUUCUUGAAGUUAACUCAGCUCGUCGCAAUCUGUCACUUCUACCUUUCACGAUCGCUCCGAUUACUCAAAAGAGAGGAUCUAAAUACAAGGUUGCUUAUUCCAUUAUGUUUGGCCUUUCAACUGUACUUUACAACUGUUACUGUCAUUGGGAUCAAGGACGCUAAACCAACCAAAACAGAAUGCAAUGACCCAUAUUGGUUGAUGCUGUCAACAGUGGAGCUGGUUCUUGUACAAGUCUUCCUCUUGUCUGGAAUUUACAUCACCAUGAAGUUAAAUGAAGUGACAACUCUAGAAAGUGCCAGACGGGCUCAGAAGAGGGAUUUAUGGUGCAUUAUUAUCGUCUUUGAAAUGUCAACAACUGCCACUGUCAUCUUUGAUAGCUACAUGAAAGCAGGUUUUGUGAAUCAGGAUGAAGGUGGAAGCUGCAGUGGUAAUUUUAAUCAUAACCAGGUUUCAUACAGUAUUGUUUAUCUCUUUGUGAUGAUAUUCAAGUUAGUGAUUCCAAUCUUGGCAUUAUUGAUUGUGUUCCACCCAGUGCAGAGAAUCAACAAUCCUGAAGGGUCACUGAUCUGCUCCUUCCCAGGAGCAGACGAUGGGACAUUUUCAUCAAGGUUCAAUUCUGUCAGAGGUCUGUACCGCCCUUUGUACCAUCCUGAAUCUCAUGGAUUCAACUACGGCACUGUUAAGGCUCCAGUGGUCUCGAUAGGCCCUAGAAGAACACUGACUGAUCCAGCCCUGCCAACGAUCCAAGAAUCAGCCGAAGAAUACAAAGUCACAAACUCUGGAACAUCGGCAUAGACACUCUGGAUGUUUUGUAUAUUAUGUAAUUUUCAUCUUAAAAAUGUACAUUUAACCAAAUCAUAUAACUUAUACCUACUAAUUUUAAACUUAAUAUUAGCAUUAAUCUACUGAUAAUUAUUCUGUAAUAGACAUCAUUUAGGUUAAAAAUGGUAGCCAUAUUCUGUACAUUGCUUCCAUAAUCUAGAAUACACAAUCACUUGUCAAUGCCUACUGCAAUGCAUUGUCAGCGGGUCCUGCAUACCUUAACGUGAUGUCAUUAAUUUGAUUGACAAGGAUCAUUGUUUGGAUUUAGAUUUUUAGCUGGCAGGUUCAUAAUAUCUUCAUCAAACUGUUACUUAAAGUAAUUGCAAUCAUAACCAGUUAACACAAACAUUAUAUCCUUUUUCGUUGGAAGACAUGUCAGUGCUACAUAUUUACUUUCAUCUGUUCCUGAUGUUUCUGGUAGUAGUUCUUUGUUGACAGUUUUAAAUCUGAUGAGGUUGGUGUUUGUUGACAGUAGUUUACCAUUACAAUUAACACAGCAUAUCAGCUUUGGAACUUUGUAACUCUAAAGAUAUGUUUUUUAUCUGUAGUUUAUAGACAUCAACAUUUGUUAUGGUUUUGUCAGUUGUAUUAAGAUCCAUCAUCUGUCCCAUUAUGUUGUGAUUGAUUCAGAUUAGC